CCGCGGCCGCCCUCCCCUUCCGUCGGGCGGCGGCGCGCCAUGGCGAGCGGGGUUAUUAAAUGCAAGGCUGCUGUUGCCUGGGAGGCAGGUAAACCACUCUCUAUUGAGGAGGUAGAGGUUGCUCCACCAAAAGCUCAUGAAGUUCGUAUUAAGAUAGUUGCCACUGCUGUCUGUCACACUGAUGCCUAUACUCUGAGUGGUGCUGAUCCCGAGGGAUGUUUCCCUGUGAUCUUGGGUCAUGAAGGAGCAGGGAUUGUAGAGAGUGUUGGAGAAGGAGUAACAAAUGUAAAGCCAGGGGAUACAGUUAUACCUCUCUACAUUCCCCAGUGUGGAGAAUGCAAGUUCUGUAAGAACCCUAAAACUAAUCUGUGCCAGAAGAUAAGAGUCACUCAAGGAAAAGGACUCAUGCCUGAUGGUACCAGCAGAUUCACCUGCAAAGGAAAGCAGAUUUACCACUUCAUGGGGACUAGCACCUUCUCCGAGUACACUGUGGUGGCUGAUAUCUCAGUAGCUAAGAUAGAUGCUGCAGCACCUCCUGAUAAAGUGUGCCUGCUGGGUUGUGGCAUCUCAACUGGCUAUGGGGCUGCUCUUAACACUGCUAAGGUGGAACGUGGCUCUACAUGUGCUGUCUUUGGUUUAGGAGGAGUUGGGCUGGCAGCUAUUAUGGGCUGUAAAGUAGCAGGAGCAUCCCGGAUCAUUGGCAUUGACAUUAACAAGGAUAAGUUUGCCAAAGCCAAAGAGUUUGGAGCUACUGAGUGCAUUAACCCUCAAGACUUCAAGAAGCCCAUUCAGGAGGUGCUCGUUGAGAUGACCGAUGGUGGGGUAGAUUAUUCAUUUGAAUGCAUUGGUAAUGUUGGAGUCAUGAGGGCUGCCUUGGAAGCCUGCCACAAAGGCUGGGGAGUCAGUGUGAUAGUUGGAGUUGCUGCUUCUGGUCAGGAGAUCUCUACCCGGCCAUUCCAGCUAGUAACUGGACGCACGUGGAAAGGGACUGCGUUUGGAGGCUGGAAGAGCGUAGAAAGUGUACCAAAACUGGUGACUGACUACAUGUCCAAAAAGAUCAAAAUUGAUGAAUUUGUGACUCACAAUCUGCCUUUUGACAACGUUAAUGAAGCUUUUGAGCUGAUGCAUUCAGGAAAGAGCAUUCGAAGUGUCCUGAAGCUUUAGAGCCAAACAUGGAUCAUCCUGUUGGUCAGCAACAUGGUAACUGUUCAUUUAUAAUGGAAUUUCUGACAGAGUAUGAUCAGGUAGAUGAAGACUCAUGGGGACUAGUAAGACAAACUAUAUUAGGAUGAGUAUUCUGAAUAUUAAAUAACCUGUUCUUUGACAAAACAAUCAAAAAGUAACCACUGAGUAACAUUACAUAAUUAACACUGAUCUUGGAACUCCUAUUUCUGUACUUGUUCCUUAAAUUUAAUACUUAUCUCAACCUACUUAAUAAAAGGUUAUUUCUAAA